AUGAGCAAUUACGCCGAGCUUGAACUUGUCAACGUCAUCAGCACUCUUGAUAUUCUAUCCGGAAUGUCGAACAUGCCAUCCCCUUGUUCGCUGGUCUAUGUUUCUGGUGGAGAUUCAUCCAACAGAGAAGAAAGCUCUACCGAACUCGCAAAUAAGCUAUCCCGCGCGUCGGGCUACGAUCAAACAAAAUUCAUGUCCGAAUGUCUUGUUUCGGAAUAUAACAGGAACAUCGACUACCAACAACUCCCUGCCCCCAAGGCAUGCACCGUUCUCCCAGCUUUCAUUGUCGGAACUCAGAAAGAGGGCAUCGCCCACCCCGAAGACUUUCUCUGGUGGUUCGCAUUUACCACCGCCCGAAUCGGAGCUAUGAGCAAUGAUCUCAGCCGGGUCGCAGUUGCAGGAGUUGAUCAGGUAUCCAGCCUUAUAUCAGAUGUCGCUCUUCAUCCUGAUCAAUAUCGUGCUGGAACCCUUGCAUGUGGUGAUGGGGUCUCUCGACAUUUUGCAGUAUUUUAUCCGAAUAGCUCAAAAAACCUAUUCAAUGCAUUUACCAUGAUCCACCCUUUUUUACCUGUCUUGGAAUGGUUUGAGGAUAAUCGAUGGCACAUGGCAGAUCCAAAGGAUACGUCGAAGAAUCGGUACCUUGAUGAGAGUAGGAUUUUAAAGGCGCUUGAAAGCAGUGUGGAUUACUUGAUAAAUAUGGGCUACUUUAUUCAUGGCGGUCUGAAGAUCAACAGCGGACUGAAGGUCAACAAAGACCGGGCUGAAAUGUUCAGCCGAUCACGCAACUAG